AUGACUCUGAAUUUUCUCAAACAGCUGCAAAUGAAAAAAAAAAAUGAGCACGAUACAACAAUAACACCAGAAAAUGCCAUCAGGGACCCUCUUAGAACAAAUCGAAAAAAUAGAAACUUUAUCAAUAGAAAGCAUUCACAGGGAUCCAUAAUUUCUGAAGAGUUUGAACCACCUCUCAAGAAAAAGCCAAAAGUAUCAUCAAAUACAAAUUUACAAGCAGCUGUUUCCUUAGUUUCACAAGAAGGGACGGAAAAAAUAUCCCUCGAAAAACCCAGUAGAGAGGAAUUUGAAUCUCCUUCUUCUGAACAAACUAGGACAUGCAAGUCUGGAAUGGGCCUCCGUUCCUCAGAACUAAUUCUGAAAAAGCCUGAAUUGGUGAAAAACAUUCCAAACGACAAAAAACCCAAUUUUUCUUUUGUAGAUCAUACAGCACAAAAGAAUGUCAAAACUAUUACAAAAAGCCCAACAAAGGAGAAUACUGGCAUGGAAUUAGAGGCAUGGGAAUUGUUUGACAGUAUUUUGGAAGUAAACUCUGUGAAAACCCAAACAUUGAAACUCACUGAUAAAAUCACAUCUUCUCCCGAAUUUUAUGACGAGGGCUCUUUUAUUGAUGAAUCCCAGUUGGAUCAAAGUGAUGAAGAAGAAUUGCAGUUCCAUCAGGAAUUAUCACAAAACUUGCUUACUCAUUUUCUGACUGGCGAUGAACACAACGACCACAAUGAAUUUGAAGAACAGAAAACAGAAAAUCUAUAUCUGCAAGAGUCCAAUAAAAAGACUACAAGAAGAUAUAAUAACAAAACUUAUGGUGGAGAAAGAACUUAUUUAGAAGAGCCUAACUCAGAAUUGGAAGACAAUGACGAACCUUAUACCAGCUCUAAUGAAGAUGCUAUCAGCAAUGCGAUUACUUCAGUAGAUACUACUAAAACUCAAAAAGAAUCACGAUUAAAAAAUACACAGAACAUGAAAGAGCUGCGAACCUUCUCAAGGUUAUCGGAUGAUCUCAAUUUCAUGCUAGCAGAUUUAUCCAGUAAAGAUAUAAACUUAAAGAGGUCUGCCAUUUUAGAGAUGUGUCUUCGAAUUGCUGAGGAAAAACAAGAUGAUAAAGAUUCAUUCAUCAAGUUUCUUAGGGUCGCUGGUUUACCAGCUUCAUUUUACUAUUCGGUUGCUCUAACAAAUGAUCCAGUGCUUUUUUUCUGCUUUGGUUUCAUCAUCAAUGAGAUGAUAGCUACUAAGGAUUCAAAUGAUUGUAAUUGUGAAUUCCUAUUGCUUGAUCAGAAAAUUUUCUUCUUAUUCAAAUAUGUUAUCAUCCAAAUGUUGGAUAAUUCUGAAUCAAGCAUAUUAUCGGAGCUGGUGAAAAUAAGGCCGAAACUUUCCAAGAUUUCCAAGAUUUCGUUGACGGAAGUUGUUAGGAAAAUACUAAUCAAGAAAUUUUUCGCCUCAGACUUGAAUUUUUUACAAACCGGGAAAUUGAAGCAUCACAGAGGAAAUAUCGAAGAUACAGCAAAUACCUCUAAGUUAAACUCCUUCUUUUUUGCGAUGAACAUAUUGAAUGUAAUUAAUCAGGCGAUUGAUCUGGGAGUGCUUUCUGAUACCUUGGAAAUUGCAAAUUCAUUGAAUUUUGAUUCAGGUAUUAUAUCCAAGGUUUUCCAUUCUAUUACAGAUACCUCAGAGCUUGAUUUAUUGAAGACAUUUAAAGAAGGACUUUCUGAUAGAGAGGCAUCAGCGAAUAUUCUAAUGGAUUGUCUUGACAAUCUUUCCCCCUUUGGUGUUAUCAACUAUUUAUUAUGUUUGAAUCAGUGCGUAUAUUCAUUCAAUUUUAAUGUGCGGUUCAAGAAAAUAGAUAAUUUUGGCCAGAAUAUUGAAAAUAUAGAAAUACUGUCAACCAAUUCUGGAAGUUCGGAGGUGAUUCUUGAUAGUUUGUUUAAUAAUAAAUCUAAAUUGAACAGUAUUUUCGAUUCAUUCCUCACAAUUAUCAACUUAACUGACAAGGUGAUGGAGCUACAGUUAAUUACACUUUCAAAUGAAAGAAAAGAGAAGAAGGACUCACUGAAUAAACUUGGAAUAGAGAUUGUUGAGACUAUUAUAAUUUUAUUAAACUGUUAUCUAAAUAUUCUAAAGAUUUUGAUUACUUUAACUUCAAACAUUGAGAAAUUGUUCGAACAUGACAAACGAGGGUUCACUAAAGACGAUGAAAUCUAUAGGAGGUUGUUUGAUCCAAAUUUGGCAGCGUUGGUGCUUUCUAUAAUUGGAAAAAUUAGGGCAACUGACAAUUUCUUUUCAUCUGAUGAUGGUACACUGAAUGAUCAACUAGAUUCGUUAUUUAGCAGUUUGAGCUUGUUUAGUUUCGGUUAUUUAAUGAAUGUAUCCGAUGACGUUAUGUGCUUUAAAAAGCUUAGUGAACGAAAGAAUAUAUCUCAGCUCACACAUUUAUUUCAAAAUUGUGAGCUCAGAAAAAAUCAAUUGCCUUUAUCCAAAGAGUUAAUUGUCCCAAAUCAAAGUUUUCAUGCCACUGGUUACCUCUGCUUAAUAAUUGGAUUAUUAGUGACCAGUAAACAAGAUUACGAUCAUUCUGUGUUGGAUUUGAAUGAUUACAGAGAUUUACUGAUUUGCUUGGACAAUUUUAUGUUGCUUAUUCCAUCAGAACGUGGAGAAUCUGAUAACUUUGCCCAUAUUAGAAGUCAAAUUAAGUUGGUGGCUGACAAAAUUAACCAACAGCUCAAAUAG